AUGCAGAUUCUGUCGUUGUUUUACGUGUUACUUUCGCUGGAUUUCGUCUAUACGCUGAACAAGACACAGCUCAGGGAACAAGUUCGGGAAAUGUUUCAUCAUGCCUAUUCGUCGUACAUGAACCAUGCUUAUCCGGCAGAUGAACUGAUGCCUCUGUCGUGCAAAGGAAGGUAUCGCGGAGUAGCGCCGAGUCGCGGUGAUGUUGAUGAUGCACUUGGAAACUUUUCCCUGACUCUCAUUGACUCUCUGGAUACGCUCAUGGUUUUUAGCGAUUUUUACGAAUUUAAGCAUGCCGUGAAGCUGGUUAGUAACAUUAGUUUUGACACGGAUGUUGUGGUUUCGGUGUUCGAAACAAAUAUUCGGGUUGUUGGAGGACUUCUGAGCGGUCACCUACUCGCCAAAAUUUUGCAAAGCGAAAUUCCUGAGAAUUUUGAGUGGUACAAUGACCAACUGCUUCAGAAAGCGAAGGAUGUCGCUUCGAGGUUGCUACCCGCUUUCAACACGACGACAGGCAUACCAUAUCCGCGGGUGAACUUAAAGUAUGGCCUGGACGGCAAUGCACAUAAUCUCAGGUAUCAGGAAGACACUUGCACGGCGUGUGCUGGGACGAUGAUUUUGGAAUUUGCUGCCCUAAGCCGCUUGACCAACGAUCCUGUGUUCGAACAGAAAGCGAGGACUGCUAUGGAUGUCAUAUGGAAACAGCGUAAUCGAUUCAGCGAUCUGGUUGGCUCAGUGCUGAACGUGCAUAGCGGCGACUGGAUACAGCGAGAUAGUGGCGUUGGCGCUGGAAUCGAUUCGUAUUACGAGUACUGUCUGAAGGCGUACGUCCUAUUAGGCGACGACAAGUUUCUCUAUCGCUUCAAUACGGUAAUAAUUGAUUAUUGUAGAUGGUGUUGAUA